AUGGCGAAUACUAAUUCAACAGAUAAUACUCAACGUGAAACAAGAAAUAUUGAAAUUAACAAUGAUAUCAAUCAAUGGGGUCAAGCUAUUUUACGUUCAAAAACAUCAUUGAUUAAACCUUAUUCUAAAUAUACUGAAGAAGGUCUUCGUCCACGUUCACCUAAUACACCAUAUACAAUCUUGACAAAAGAACAAGAAUUAAAUAUUGAUCGUACGGCUAGUCCAGUAUUUUUUGAUAAAUCUCGUAUUUCAACAUCAACUGGAGCAUUUCGUCGUUUUCGUCAACGUCAGACAGAUUCAUUACCAAUGAGCCAUUUACGUACGGGUGGUGCUGUUGGUGGUGGUACAGAAUAUACAUAUGUUACUCCGCAAGCUUAUACAUCAAAAUUACCCGAAAAAUAUAAUGGUUCUACAGCAGAUGGAUAUCCAAAAUGGCAUCCAAAUCGUGCAGGUGAAAGAACUUUAGCACAUUUACGAGAAGGUAUACCGGUCGAAAGAUAUGUUUCAAUUGAUAUGUUUCGUCGUCCACCAACAGCACGUUCAGGUCAAAUUAUAUUUGAUCAUGGACGACCUAAUGAUGGUUAUUAUUUACAAAGAAAUGAAUAUGAUACAACAUGGUUUGGUUCAAAUAUUGAAUUAAAUCGUCGUCAUAUAUUAGAUUCAAUUCAACCAAAAACAGUUGCUGAAUAUGCACAAGACAAAGCUCAUCAACAAGAUCGUUAUAGAAAAGCAAAUGAUAAAUGGCCUUAUUUAUCAGAAUAUGGAGAACAAUUUGUACUUGGAACAACAGUUGAACGAACACAUAGAACAGAGUAA